CCAAGGCAAGUCGGAGCCUCCUGCCACCAGCCUUCGGCGGUGACUUGUCUUUGAAGAUCCAAGUAAACAGAACAUGUGCAGUCUCUCAUAUUGUGACAACAAGUUCUCAAAUCGAAGGGUUGCGCCCGAAUAAUGGAAGCCGCUUCAGCACGAAUGGCUUCUCGGGGUCAGUAUCAAUUCGACGGCUUCUCACCUCCCCGAUCAACGCUGCAGCGCUUCAUAUACAAUGCCUGUGAUCCAGUUGCAAACCUCGAACCGAAUCUGGCCUUGAACCUAGAAAUUGUCGACCUGGUCAACUCUAAGAAAGGCAACGCACCUCGAGAGGCUGCAGUCACAAUCGUGCAACUUAUCAACCACCGCAAUCCCAAUGUCUCGCUAUUAGCGCUCUCGUUAUUGGACAUAUGUGUCAAGAACUGCGGAUAUCCCUUUCAUUUACAGAUCAGUACCAAAGAAUUCCUCAAUGAACUUGUCCGGCGUUUCCCUGAACGACCUCCGGUGCGUCCGAGCCGUGUUCAAAGUAAGAUUUUAGAAGCCAUCGAAGAAUGGCGGCAGACAAUAUGUCAGACGUCGAGGUACAAGGAGGAUCUAGGAUUCAUAAGAGAUAUGCACAGACUGUUGUUAUACAAGGGCUACAUGUUCCCUGAGGUCCGCAGGGAGGAUGCUGCGGUGCUGAACCCAAGUGAUAACCUCCAGUCUGCCGAGGAAAUGGAAGAAGAGGACCGGGCAGCUCAAUCUGCAAAACUACAGGAAUUGAUACGAAGAGGGAGGCCUCAAGACCUGCAGGAAGCAAAUCGCUUGAUGAAGGUGAUGGCUGGCUACGAUACGAGAAACAAGACGAAUUACCGGGCAAAAGCGGCUGAAGAAGUCGCCAAAGUACAACAGAAGGCCAAGAUCCUUGAAGAGAUGCUGCAAAAUCAUAAGCAAGGUGAAAAUAUUGGCGACGGAGAUGUGUUUGAAGAACUUGCGGCAGCCCUUCAAAGCGCGCACCCGAAAAUCCAGAAGAUGUGUGAAGAGGAAUCCGAUGAUGCCGAAGCUGUGGCCAAACUGCUCGAGAUCAACGACAGUAUUCACCGGACCAUUGAACGAUAUAGGUUGAUGAAAGCUGGCGAUGUCGACGCGGCCAACAAGAUUGCCAAAGGCACGCUCGGCACAACGACUGGGGUUGGCACGAACGCGGCAAAUGAGCUGUCGCUGAUUGAUUUUGACCCGGAACCUGCAGCGGCUGCAGCGCCCCCUGAGGCAGAUACCAACGCCUCGCUUUCCCUCCUGGAUGCGGGGGCACCGCCAUCGACCACUGCAACGUCAAAAUCUCACACGGUCGAGGACGACUUACUUGGUCUUUCCAUAGGGGACAGCAGUUCUGGGCCAGGGACCUUGGGCGCCAUCUCCCUCGGUCAGCACACCACAUUUGGGGCACCUACUGGGUCAAUCUUCUCAAGCGCUCCGAGUCCAUCAAUGAACCAGCAAAUCAUCCCUCAGGUAACACCACGAGCUAACUAUCAACCAUACGUAAGCGUCUCGAACGUCCGGCCUUCGUCCAAGCCAGCAACCCCCGUGCCAGCAGUGCAGCAACAACCGCCACCUAGUCAAGCCCCCAUUGACCCGUUUGCAGCGUUGGUCUCUUCGAGUUCGAGAUCAACGACACCAGGACUGCAUGCAAGUUCGCCUCAGCCAACGGUGCAGCAAGUGCCAGGAGGUACGACUGCAGUCGCAGGGGUUGCCGAUGACGAAUGGACUUUCGAGUCAUCCUUACCGGUCAGCACAACUGUGAAAGUACUCUCAUCAGACAUUGACAUUGAAUUUGAACCACGGAGACUUGCUGGGCCAUCCGGCGGCAUCCAAAUCACGGCGAGGUUUUCCAACUCGACGGCUCAGCGCAUCACUGGCGUCCACUUCCAGGUCGCCGUGGAAAAGAGCUACACGCUGCAAUUGAAACCCCAAAGCGGGCGUGAGAUGGCGCCCAAAGCACGAAGCGCAAUUCAGCAAGAGAUUUUACUCAAUGGGGUGGCAGUUGGAAAGGGCAAUGUAGUGAAAAUGCGAUUUAAGGUGUCCUAUGAAGUCAAUGGACAAGCCCAGGAACAGCAGGGGAAUGUCCCAUCACUCGGCAUCAGCUAGCGUUGAACAGGUGCUCCGGGACAGAAGUAUUAUGCGCGUGAGGGAGGCGUCUGCGGAGAUUGGAGCCUUCGAGACACACCACGCCUACCCUGCGGCCCCCAAAGCUUUGGGCAGUCAACAAUAGCCGGACGGUUUGGCUUUUGAGCCAGCCGGAAUUUCAAUGUUGGAUCGUGGCCAUUAUUGUGUAAUUCGUACCGUCUCUGCCCCGUGUUGCUCGCUGUAAGCCACCAUUAUGGUGAUAUUCUUCCUUGGUCCGUAAACUUAAGAUGCA